GUUACUGUGGGAGGGUGGAGUCACUUGUCUUAUAUAAAGUCCUGGACAACCACGCUCAUCACAUUGUCCAGCUCAGCUCCUACAGUCAUGCGUUCCUUUUCAGUGACGGUGGUGUUGGUCGUGAUGGCUGGUGUUUCUUACGGUGGACUUAUUGGUGGUCUUGGGGGCUACGGCGGUCAUGGUGGCUAUGGAGGCCUAGGUGGUCUCGGUGGUCUUGGUGGCCUUGGAGGUAUCGGCGGCCUUGGUGGAUAUGGCGGCUAUGGUGGUUCGAAUGGUUUUAGUGGCUUGGGAGGCUAUGGUGGAGGAUUUAAUGGAGGAUAUGGUGGACAAGGAGGACACACGUUUAUACUGAGUAAGAGCCACGGAAGCCAUGGGGCAUUUGGCCAGGGCGGACAGCUUGGAUUCGGCAAAGGUGGUGGAUUCAACGAAUUUGGCAAAGGUGGUGGAUUCGGCGGAUUUGGCAAAGGUGGAUUAGGUGGACUUGGCUUAGGCUACGGAAAGUAAAGCUUCUGGCAUCAUCUUGUCUUGACCUCGUCCAGCACCGCCGCCGUCAUUCGUCCCAACUACUACUGGAAUAAAUUACUUGAAACA